AUGACUAUUGAGUUUUCAAGGCCGGAUUCGGCAAGGUACUAUGCAAAGCGUGUUUUUGCACAUGUAAUUUUGAAUGCGGGUAUCACCGUGAUCAUGGUGUUGGCGUUGUACAAACAUUUCUUCGAGAACGGUGGUGAGCAGUGCGACCACGGGACGGUGGAGAUCGCUGAGCCCAUUGACAUCGUCGCAUCACAGAAGAAGAAGAAGAAGAAGGAGAAAGAUCCAUUGGUCCCAGCUCUAUCGUACUACUACAGUAAAUUGAAUAUACCGGUGGAGGAACUUAGUGUGGAGACUGAGGAUGGUUUUACACUGGAAAUGUGGCAUUUGAAACAUCCUACAGAUACGUUGCCCAACGGACAGAAGAGAAAGGCGUUUCUUUGCAUUCACGGGCUCUUGCAGAGCAGUGGAUCGUUUGCUUCAGGUGGUGAGCAUUCGCUUGCGUACUACUUGUACUCACAGGGGUUCGACGUCUGGUUGGGGAAUAAUAGGAUAGGGUUUGAAAUUAACAAGAAGAUUAAACAUUCCCCCAAAUGUUGGAAUUGGGAUAUGAGGGAACUGGUGCAGUUUGACUUGCCCGCAAUGGUACAGUUUGUCAGGGCGAGAUCAGGUAAUGAAAAGAUUAACCUAUUGGGCCAUUCCCAAGGUACAGCAGAGAUUUUCUUGGGACUUAUUAAUAACUGUGGUGGGAUCAACAAGUACGUUGAUAACUUCGUCGCAUUAUCUCCAGCUUGUUACCCUGGAUCACUUCUCUUGAAGGAGAGCGCUGUGAUGAAGAUAAUGUCGCGCACAAUUGAUAACGACGCUGUAUUCGGCAACAAGUCCUUCGUCAAGAUAAUGAUGGUUGCACGUCGUUGUCUCUUGGGGACACAGUUCUUCUCGUUCAUCUGCUACCUUUUCUUCAACUACUUAUUCGAGUGGAACGACACACUGUGGGAUAACGAGAUCAAAUCGAGACACUUCAUGUUUUCCCCAGUCCACGUCUCCGUUAAGUUGAUGCAGUGGUGGUUGAGCACGGACCCAAAUAAAGUGAGUUUUUUGAGACAUGCGCCACAACUGUUCCCAGAACACCACACUUGGUGGGGGCCCGAGUACAAACAGGAGGACAGACCAAAUGUCUUGCUGUUUGUGCCGCGCAAGGACAAACUCGUGGAUGGACAGCGUGUCAUCGACCAUUUCCAAAACUACGAGGAUAAAAACACGUACAAGUACUGGGUCAUCGACGAGUACUCGCAUCUGGAUGUCCUAUGGGCCAAGAACGUGAACGAACGGAUAGGGAAAACGUUGGUGGAGAACUUAAGAUAG